AUGACGGUGGGUAUUGCUAGAAAGCUAUCCAGGGACAAGCCGCAUAGGGACGCGCUGCUGAAGAACCUUGCGUGCCAGCUGUUCCAGCACGGGUCGAUCGUGUCGACACAUGCCAAGUGUAAAGAAGCCUCCAGGGUCGCAGAACGGAUCAUCACCUGGACGAAGAGAGCGCUCGCGACGAACAACAGUGUGUCGCAAGCAGAGCUGAGAGCGCAGAUCCAGAGCCAGCUGUUUCUGGCGGGGGACAAUCGCAAGCUGAUGGAGCGGUUGUUCAACGAGAUUGCUCCACGGUACGUGGAAAGGCCCGGCGGGUACACCCGUGUGCUGCGGUUGGAGCCCAGGGCCAACGACUCAGCUCCGCAAUCCGUCCUGGAGCUGGUCGAUUUGCCUGUGGCUUCUGAGUCGCACGCGGUGAACAGGGGCAACUUGAAGAUGUGGCUGUUGGUGAAGUCGGUCAUUAACGAUGACACCAACCACCUGCCCCACAGCGAGCUGACGCUGCAGAAUCUGUACAAGCUGGCGAAGUUCAAGCCGGAAGCGCAGUUGCACAGUGAGUUCUCGCUGAUUAAGGAGAUCCUGUUCAAGGAACUGGCCUUGCCCUACGAUAAGACGGUGGAGGAAGAAAAGACGCAGGCGCUUUUGAAACAAGUCUACUCUUCCGCGUUGCCCAAGAAGCAGAGGAAGCCCUCGUCUUAUGUCAUGGUUCCCAGACCCUAG